CAUCCCUCCCUUCUCCCCUCCCUUCCCUCCUUCCUUCCCUCCUUCCCCCCCCUUUCCCGCCUUCCCGCCCCUCAAGCCCGCCCGGCCCGGCAGCGCCGCGUCCCUCCCGGAGCCGGGCAGGGCCGGGCAGGGCCGGGCAGGGCUGGGCUACCCCUGAGGAAAACGCUGUGGGGGUGAAACUUCGACCGAGAGAAGCCCGGGGGGAGCCAUGGGCGAGCGGCGGGGCCAGGGGCAGCGCGGCGGGACGGGUUUUCACUCAGAAUCAGAAGCACCGAGUUCCCUGUUGCAGACAGCAGUUGCAGUGCUCCAGAGCUCCUACUUGCACUCUACAUCGCAGGAUGGUUUUCAGUACAGCAGAGCAAUCCUGGUGGAAAAUGAUGUUUUCCUGAGUGAGCUCAAGGCUUUUGCCCAAGCAAAGGAAGCAGCAGGAUACAGCCAGGAGGAGCUGGAGGAGACCUUUGCGUUUCUCCUGUUUGAUAAAGAAGAAGAGGCAAAAGAGGUGUGUCAGACAGGUCUCCGUGUGAACAGCAGCUCCAUUUCCACCCUUGGUGACCCAGCAAAAGGGGUUUAUAUUUCCAAGUAUGCAGACUGUCUUCAUCCAAGACCCUGGUAUCAUGGAAAAUCAGGCUAUAUUGUCAUUUGUAAGCUAAUUAAGGGGAAGGUCAAGGUGGUAUCUGAGAACUACACAACCAGCUAUACCUGCCCCUCUCCCGGCUACGACUGCCACAUCGCCCUGAGCAGAACUGCACCAUCCAACACCAGCCACUUCCAGGCCUUUGAGCAGAGCCAGUAUUACGUGUACGAGGUGUCGGGAGGCAGCGCUGCCCAGCGGCCCCGCCAGGUCUGCCCCUACAUGGUCAUUGCCUGCCAGUACAGGGAGCCCAAGGAGAUGCCUGUCUUGGCCCUAGAGAGCCUACCUGAGCUUAAUCACAAAGCACUGUACUGUCCAUGGAGGGGACAGCUCUCCAUCCAGGGCCAGCUCCUGUGCAACAUUGCCCUCAGGACCCCGUACAGCUCCACGAUUCCAGCCCAGCUGCCUACCAACCUGGACCUCAACCAUGUCAUGGGUUUGUCUGACUUGAAGAAAAAGCUCCCAGAAGCUGCAUUUGGGAAAAGAAAUUACAUUGAGAAUGAAGUCUGUUUUCAGGGUGUUUACUUCAGUCUGUAUGAAGUAGAAAUAUUAAGUAAGGAUCAAUACAAAAUGGAUCAGUUAGUUGAAAGUCUGAAGGAAAAGGACUUGGCAAUCAUCAAAUAUUUACAAGACCAAGGAGUCCUUAUCCUCCUCACGUCCUCUGCCCUGGCACGAGAUGAUGGGUUUGACCCCAAGGAGCCUGUCAGCCUCCUGGCCCUGUUCCUGUUCACCUCCUCCCGGUCGGUGUGCCUGAGAGUUGAGAAGCACGAUCCAAAAGAUGAAAGGGAAGAGAGUGACAUCUCAUUAAAAAUAGCCUCAGUUUUGCCUGGACUUCACUAUGCCUUACAGAAAGCCACCAGUUCUUCGUGGGGGGACACAGCUGGGACCAGUGUAUGUAUCAAACAGCACUUCCAGGAGUACACAAAGCUUCAUCAAAAUCCACAGCCCACCUCUGGCCAAGCCAACACAGUUCCCCUUUCUCCUCUCCUCUCACCAACCAAGGAUGAAUGUACUAAUGACUUCCAAAAAUGCUCCUUCUCCCAACUGCAACGUUACCUCUCUGACCCCAGCAGCUACACUCUGGAAAUGUCAGCAGCCUUAGAAUGUUUGAGUGGUGCUGUUCAGUCUCUUUGCUGCAAUCCAGAGGCUGGUUGUAAGGUGGACUUCUCUCCAGCUGUGCCACCAGACCCUUCUCCUCCCAACACAGCAGAGGAAACACAAGUCAAAAGUGAAAACCCAAAGCCCACAGUGGGGCUGAACCAGAGGGGUGAAGGGCCCACAAAAGACACCAACUUGUCCAGCAAGCUAUGGGUGCAGCAGAGCAGGAGGAAAUCCAGUCGAGCUGUUGUCACCAGCACCAGGAAGAAAUGGUCACCCCUGAAGAUGCAGGUGCAUCCUGUGGGGGACAGCAGCAGGAACAGGAAAGGAACCAAGAAGAAAAUCAACAUUUCUUUCUCUUUUCCCAAAAAACCAGGGAUCAUGGCCACUUCCAAUGAGCCCAUGCUUAAAUUAGCCAAUUUGCAGUUUCCACACAGAAGGAAAAGAGGUGCAGAGGUCCUGUCUGCAGAAUUUGUGCACAAAACCCAGUCUGAUCCUGUCCAGAAGGAAACCUCAGCUCCUGGUGAUCCUGGCUUGGAAACAAAGAGACUAAAGAUAUUGAAGAACCCAGACAUGAAAAAGGUUCCUGUUGCUGAGCCCCUCAUGAAGCCAGUGAAAAGUAAGAUGCUCCAGAGUGUGGCUAACAGUUCAUCAAACCCUCAACCCAAAAAGCAAGCAGAAAGUGAGUGGAAGGAGCCAUUCCCCACCCUCCCGAGUGAAGUUUCCUCCCAGCACCAGGCAGCAGAUCCCCAGACCUGUGAGGUGUGCCCAGGCGAGGUUGCCGACCUUGGAUUCGACGUGAAGGGGAACGACUACGAAUCCCACGCCCUGAACUUGCUGGCUGACCUGGCUCUGGGUUCUUGUAUUCCUUCCUUUAUCCCCACGGACACUGGGGUGUCCUGCAGCCACUCCAGCGACUCUGCAAAGGAGCAGCAGAGUCACCGCCAGACCAGGACCUUCUGUGCCGCUUCCGACCACGAAUACCACAGGAUGAACAAGCUUCCCAAGGGAGCCACCUCUCCGAGCAAAGCAUCGACCAACCAGAAGCUUCCUCCUGCUGAAAAAACAGACUCAGAUGACUUGGCUCCUACUCCCAGGGAGAAAAGCCCUGGGAUUUUCAGCGGGAAGAACACCUUGAGCCCCAGCCCUGCGAAACCCCACGUGUUGCCUCCAGGAGAGACUCAAGAAGCUGCCGAGGUGAACAAGCACUCCUUCAUUUCUGCCGAGCACUCCUACGCCUCCCAGAUGCCUGAGCACUCCAAGAAGCACUUGUAUCCCAGAGGUGCCCCCUACCCUGGACCAGCACCCUCCAGAAACGACACAAGGAACACCAGAGCAGGACCCUUGGUUGGGAAAGUCCUGCCUUUCCGCCACCAGCAGAACAUCCCCCCCCACCAACAGCCCCUGGGGGCCCUGAUGAGGCACAGGAGCAGCCUGCUCUCCUCCAGGCUGAAGGAGGACUUCACCAAGUCCCACAGGGUCAACGUGUGUGGUGAGUCCCUGAAGGUGACCUGCCACUGGGAGGGAGAGUACCUCUUCAACCUGGACAGCAGGUACACCAACGAUGCCCUGGAGAAAACCAUCAUCCGCGCCCUGCACGGGCCCUGGGACCCUGAUCUGCCUGACGACGUGGAAGAGAUGAAGCUGAUCCUUCAUAUGUGGGUGGCCCUGUUCUACAGCAAACCCAGCAAACUCCUGAGCAGCACGAGGAAGGUGGUGGAGCACAGCAACCCCGAGAAGUACGUCUCCAUAAACACCACUGGGGACUGUCUUGAGCUGAGUGAUGAUGGUGAGGACUGGUUUGGGUUGGAGACAUGUCCUGCAGACUCCCGGUCAGACCCUGACCAGACUCCCAGCAGCUCUCUGGAUCACAGCACUCGUUCUCAGGGACCUCUCCACCCAGAGGAGAGCCCUGCAGACUCUCAGACUGAUGCUGAUGGGACUCCUGGUGUUGUUGAUAGCACCGUAUCAUCUUCUUCAGGGGAGCUUCCUUGUGGAGAGGAGGAGCCUUCCUCCACAAGCUGUCCUGAGAGCCUUUCCCUCACUGAACAUGCUGAUGAGAGCCUGGCUGUGAGAGACAGGCAGCCUGUGGUCAGUCCUGGGGAACAUGUGCAUGAUGUCUCAACCAUCCUUGAGAAGGAGCCACUCAAAGAGGAGCUGCUGGACACUGCGAUGGCCUCCAGCCCUUGGGAUGAGCUCAGGGAUGCCACCAAGCCCCAAGCUGCCCUGGGCAGGGAAAACCCACCCAGCCAAGCCCCAAAUUCCAGUACAGCUCCUUGGAACGAUGUACCGAGUGCACGGCAUGGACCUGGAGAGCAGCAGGAGAGUGGGUGGGCAGCAGGGCUGGGGGGUGGCCCUGGCCCUCCUGAGGACAGGGAGGUGGUGGGAGAUGUUGAGCACUCUGCUGAGGUUGGGGACAGCAGCUGGGACACCAGCAACUGGCUGCAAGGGGACUGUGGUUUGAUGCCUUUAGAAGUGCAGCCUGGAAGUGCAAAGCCCAACGGAGCCAGUGGGGAAGGGGAGGGAUCACAAGACCCCUUUGGACAUUCAGAGAAAGGGGAGGAAGAGGUGGAGGAGGGAAGAAGAGAGCAAGAGGACUCAGAGUCUGAAAGCACAGGCCUGGGGACUGUUGUUGGUUUAGCAUUUUCUGAAAGGGAUGGUGCUGACGCGGAGCAUGGACACAGCGAGCAGAAACCUGUGGAUUCAGCAUCUCCAAAGGACUUUGGUGCUCCUGGAGAGGGCCCCGUGCCCAGCCCUGCUGCCUCAGCAUCCCCCUGCCCAGGCAGAUCAACACCAGGGCUGUCAGCUGGCACUGAGAAGGACCCUCAGGGGCUUCCUGGUGAGAUAGGACCGAGCCUGGACACGCUGCAAGACCCCUGCGAGGCUCUGGCCCCUCCAGAUGCAGAGACAAACGGGGUUGGUUUGGGACAGGCAGCCAGUCCAGCCAAGGAGGGGUCGUCCUGUGCCGGUGGGUCGGUGCUGCCCUUCCCAUCCCAUCCCAAUCCUGCCUGGGGGGCACGGCCAGACAGCGCUACAGGAAGCGUGAGACCUGCUGGAGAGAAGCUCCGGGAGUGCUUGGAGCAGAAAGACAAGGAUCGUGCGCCCUCUGCAGAAAGGUGGGCGCCUGCUGGCAGCAAAGCCACCAGCACAGCUGGCCCCGAGUCACCCUGCAGCCAGGGGCUGUCACUAACCCUGUCCCCUGACUCCAGCUCUGCCUGCCUGCCAGCUCCUGAUGGAGCCACAGAUCCUGCUGCUGCUCCAGAGGACCAGGAGCUCCAGGCAAGCAACCAGGCUCCAUCACAGAGUGACCUGGGAGGGAGCAGCUCCCAAAGGUGUGGAGACAAGGUUGGUGCUGACCUCACUUCUCUGAGCACUGGUGGAUCCAGCCGAGAAGGGGAUGUGGUUUUGGUGGAAGAGCAGCAGAGCAGCCCUUCUGCCAACUGCAUGGAUGUGCUGGAUGAGGCCUCGGGAGCAGGUGAUGGCCAAGGCUUCACCUUCCACUGUACAGCCUCAGCAGGUGACUCUGAAGCUGGAGGGGAUGAUGAGGUGUGCCCCAGUGCAGAGAAGCCCCCUGGGAGCAACAGAAGGAACACAGCCACGGUGGCUGACACACCUCAGGAGCCAGAGACCUCUCUUCAUCACCUCCUGGAACCAGAGCCCUCCUCCCCGCUGAGAGAGGGGGUGUCUGCCAUGAAGGAGCACCCCAGGAAGCAGCAGAGCUCCCCAGAUGGCCUGUCCCAACCUGCCCACAGAGGCUCAGCUCCUGCUUCUCCCUCCCUGCAGGACCCUCUUCUCCCCCCUGGUGGAGAUGCAGACCCUCCCCACCACUUGUCAGAGCAAAGCCAGCAGGGGACAGUCCUGUGCCGAGGUGAGAAGUCCUGCCAGCCAGGAGGUGCUGCAGAGGUGAGCGUGGCUGCUGAGAGCUCCUUAGAGCCCAGGAGUGCAGAAAAGGUGACAAAUGACACCGGCCAGUGCUCUGCAGAGCCAGCAGGGAGCUCCCCCACGCAGCUGCUGCUGCCAGGUGACCCAGGAUUGCUGCCACCUGCUCCUCUGCCUGGUCACAAAGCAGGUCUGCCCAGCUCCGAGCCCGACUCACUCCUCAGUGUCCACCCUGAGAUGCUCUCUUCUGGCACGAGUUCUGCUCCAUGGUCCUGCUGCAGGGGGGACACCUGCCUGGGCCAGCCCCCUGGGAGCCAAGCAAGGGAUGCAGCUGGGAGCCACGAGGAGGAACCCAUCCUGCCCGAGGGUCUGGAAGGAGGAAGCAGUGUCCCUCUUGCCAGCCCUGCAUCUUUCCCAGAGGCCAAGGGAUCCGAUGCCUUUGCUGAUCUGCCCCAUCCCAGCAUGGCAGUGGGAGAGGGAGAAGAGCCCAGGAGGCUCUCUGGAGAAAGCCUGGAGCUUGGUGACACCAAGGAUAUUUCAGACCCUCUCCCGAGGGCAAAGCAGCUCCCCAGCACAGACGGACACGUGGGCUUGGCCUUUGAAGAUCCUUGGGAGCCUUCUUCCCCCAGCCACUCUGACCAGGAGUGUUUGGGGGGGACUUCCCAGCCUCUGCUGGCAGCCAGAGGUUCCUGCACCACGGAUGCUGCAGGGAGAAGGACCGAGGGGGGCUCGGAGGGGUGCAGUGAGGACUGGGGGUCGCUGGGGGCAGAGCGGGGCCGGUCGAUCAUCAGCGCGGGGGAAGCCAGCAGCAGUGGGCACGGUCCUCCCUGGGUCAAUAUCAGGGACAGGCAGGGAGUGCUGAAGGACUACCAGAACUUCGUGGUCACCAAGAAGUGCCAGGAGAGGACAGGGAACGUGCAGCCCCCCAAGAGGUGCAGCCGCUGCGCGGGGGAGUCUCACUUGCUGAGGUCGCUGAUGAGGACUUGGGGGGGUUUUGAAGAGAUCACCCAGCAGACCCUGGACAUGGAGUGUCUGCGUUUUCAUUAUAAGCUAAAGCAAAUUCUGAGGGGUGGGAAACCACCCUGUUCUACCUCCAGAAGCAUCUUUCCAAAAGACUUUUCUCCUCAGGUGAUGUCUGAGACGUCGCCUGUGCCCGAAGCUCCCGUCCCGCUGUCCCCACGGAGCAGGAGCCCUUUGCAGGUGACCAUCCUGCCCUCUGAGACCUGGCUGAGCAGGCUUGGCUGGCACCACCAGCAAAGCAGGUGGCAUGGGGACCUGUGUACCCCCUGGCAGGACACCCUGUGUGACCAGAGGAGCAGGCCCAGACCCCAAACCCCCAGCCAAGGCCACCUGGAUCCUUUCCACCUCAGCAAGCUGAAAUGUGACAAGCUGAAGGACUCCAGGGGGGACACGGCUGAGUUCAACGGGGCCAUGCUGGGGAGGGAGGGUGGAAGGAUGGUCCCAGCCCUUGGGGAGGCCACGAGGGAGUGGCCAUGCCCCAGGGGGGUGGUUGCCUUGGAGGAGAUGAUCGUGGACCUGUGCAGCACCCUGAGCUUCCGCCUGCACAGCCUGGCCCAGGAGGCCUGUGCCCACGCCGGCCUGUUCUACCUGGUGGAGACAAGUGAGGACCCUUUCUUUGCCAGAGUGAAGAGCUUGCUGAAGGCAGAUGGUCGCCUGGAGAUGGAGCCCCAGAGCUUCUGCAAAGCCAAACACCCAGACACCCAGAGGCUGCUGGUCGUCAUCAGGAACGAGGACAUUUCCUCACACAUCCACAAGGUCCCCUGCUUGCUGAAGCUGAAGCACAGCCCCAGCGUGGUGUUCGCCGGGGUGGACAGCCCUGAGGACCUCACCAGUGGCACCUUCCAGGAGCUGUUUCACACCGGUGGCUUCGUGGUGUCGGACAACAAGGUGUUGGAAACCGUGACCCUGGGCCAACUGAAGGAGGUGGUGAAGGUGCUGGAGAAGCUGAACAGAAGUGGGAGGUGGAAGUGGCUCCUUCACUACAGGGAGAGCAAGAAGCUCAGAGAAGACAUCAGCAGGGUGGAUGCUGAGGCCCAGAAGAAGCACUUCACCCUCAAGUCCUGCCAAGGAGCUGAGCUGGUCGAGGUCCUGCACUAUCACGGCUGCGACGCCGCUGCCGCCCCCGACUCGGAGCACGUGCAGUGCCUGUUGAACCUGCAGGUCCAGCACGUCAGCGCCAGGUUCGCCGUGUAUCUCACAGCAAAGCCCAGCGUGGGCAGGGAGCAACUUGAGAGCCAAGGAAUCCUCGUGGCCGACGUCAACACCUUCCUUGGGACGGUCCAGAAAGCUGCUGCCCCCUUCAGAAGAAGCUACUGGUGACGAAGCGAAGCCACAGCUCAGCUCCUCCCGGGCCCUGUGGCACCAUCUGGGGCAUCCUGCUCCUCUGGGAAUGGCCCCCACAUCCCGCUGGGAUUCAGGGGCUGCACAGGAACCCUGGGAAUGUUGCCUCCAGUUCUGUAGGGAGAAGUUCUUUCCAGGUACCUCAUGCAAACCCUCCCGGGGAUUUACUCCCUGCCAUCGAGUUCCAGUAGGAGAGAGGCUGGUUUAACCUGACACAGGUUUAAAUUAUUGGGAGUGUUUCCAGGUGGUUAGUGCAGCUGAGGUGGCAGAAAUAGGAAUCAUUUUUAUUUUAAUUUAAAAAAAUAAAUAAGAAGAAGCUGUUUACUUGAAGGGUGGGAGCCAUGAGAGUCCAGGACAAUAAAGGCAUUUUUCCAAGUGGCUUUUGCUGCACCCAGGACACACACCCUUGGGGUGGGUGGACAGAUUUUUUUUUUUAGGUGGACAUUUCCAAGUCUGCUCUACACUACGUUUCAAGUCUCCUCCUCUUGGUACCGUUUCACUGCUGGGAUUUGCCACAUUCCAGCAGGUGGGAAUCUUGUAAAUAGCUAGAUGAUGGGAUAGGGGAACAAAAAGCUCUUAUUUAUGGUCACUCAGGCAGGCCAGGUGGGAAAUGCCCCAUGAAAGAUCCCUGCAGGAUUCCCCACCUUGGGAUGCACAGGGCAGGGUUGUCCUCUCUCUGUUUUUAUUUUAAUUUUAAUAAAAGAACACAGGACCUGAUGCACAGGA